AUGCGUCUUAUCCUCAAGACUUGUUUGGGUCCGAUAUACGAGGCGUUGGUGGCUACUCUGUCUCAAAGUCAUUCUAGGGCUGGUCGCGGACAACGAAAUGACUUGGUCACCUUGAUUUUUCUCCUCGUUAAACACGCACAAGAAACAGACCAGUUAACCAAUAUUCGAGUGGUGGAGACCGGAAUUGUACGUCUUCUCUGUCAACUGUUCACCCUGAAACGAAGUCGACAUAUCAAUCCAUUGCUGAAGAACUUCAAACUGUUACCCAAUCCGGAAAACUUUGAUUUUAUUAAGUUAAUCAUAUCAAGCCUGGCUUUGCUUAUCCACGAUCCAGCUGCUGUGCGGGUGAUGGGCGAGAACCAUUUGAUGGACGCACUGUUUGACUGGGCCUGGUUGAUGCAUUUCAGCCCAACACGAAUUUCAAAAACCCCACGUCCCAGUCUAACGUGUGCACCAAAUCCACAAGUGGAUCCCGAGCAUUCUGCACCGGCGAUCGAGACGAAUUUGCCGUCGAACAGUGGGACCACAGAAUGCUCAUCACCUUCAAACACAUCAGAUGGGGAUGGGGUGGACCAGGUGCAGCGCACAAUCAGUCCCCAGACCAAACCGGUUUCGGAUAGUGUAGAGACCGGAACAAUCAGUGCAAAAUCAUCCGAUUCGGUUACGGAGAAUGUGGAUCAGGAAGAGGAACAUGAUGAUGACAAUGAGGAUGAUGAUGAUGAUGAUGAUGAUGAGACAACCGAGUCUAAUCUAUCCGGAGAGAGAAAGAUGGCAGACCUACAGAACAUGCUCGGAGCUUUGGCUGUAAACCAAGGAUCCUGUACCAAUUUGGAUCCGAUCAAACGAUGGCCAAUGGCCUUCCAGGAAGAGAUGCAACUUCACACGAUGGACGCAUUGACCUCUAUCGGACCGGCUCUGUUG